GACAGAGAGAGCAGGCACAGCAGUCCCAUAUUACUCACUUUUAUUAUAUUUCCUUCAGUUUGGUUUAGUUCAUUUCGUCUUUAUCAACUGCACAGAGCAGGAGAAUUAUCUUUUCUUUCUGCUACCACUUUCUCUCUGCAACUCAACCCAAUUCCUCCUUGCGUUUCUUUGCACAGUACCCUCGUUUAAUCAUUUUUCGUCCUCUCACUUACAGCCUGUUUGUCUGCCAAACUCUAACAUACAUCCUAGCUACUCCCCAAACUUCUUCCACCGUUACUCCAACCCCCAAAAGCACCAAACUGAUCAAAAGAUUUGGUGAACAAAACAAACAAGUUGUAGUUGGUAACCAUAUCCUUUCACUGUUUGUCUCUGCCCUUCUUUCCUACCUCUUUUUCUACUCUCCAUGAACUUGUAGUUCCCGAUAUGUUACAUCACCCAAGGGAAUCAUGAGCCUUAAUCCUCAGAAUCUCCAUUUCUUGUGGAGGCUCUCAUCGUUUCUUCUUCUACUUCUUCAAUCUGCUACAUCUCAGUCAGUUACAUCUCUUAACUCUGAUGGGAUUCUCCUGCUAAAAUUCAAAUACUCCAUCCUCAGCGACCCUUUGUCAGUCCUAGAAAGUUGGAACUACGAUGAUGCAACGCCAUGUUCAUGGUAUGGUGUUACGUGCAACGAAAUUGGAGUCCCCGGUACCCCUGAUUUGUUCAGAGUAACCAGUUUGACACUUCCCAAUAGCCAACUUUUGGGUUCCAUUUCUGAGAACUUGGGCUUGAUCCAAUACCUUCGCCACAUCGAUCUCUCCAACAAUUUCCUUAAUGGCUCUCUACCCAACACUAUCUUCAACUCUUCCCAGCUGCAAGUACUUUCUCUCUCAAACAAUGUUAUCUCGGGUCAACUAAAUCAGCUGGUUGGAAAACUAACAAACCUUAAAGUUCUCAAUCUCUCUGACAAUGCCUUUGCCGGGUUGAUCCCAGAAAACCUCACUACUCUACCAAACUUAACCGUUGUUUCUCUGAAGAGUAACUACUUCUCUGGUAGUGUCCCAACCGGGUUCAAGUACGUGGAGAUUCUGGAUCUGUCCUCCAACUUGUUAAACGGUUCUUUGCCAGAAGACUUUGGCGGCGAAAGCUUACGCUACAUGAACCUCUCUUACAACAAGAUUUCGGGAACAAUUCCUCCGACAUUCGCCGAACAGAUUCCUGGAAACUCAACGGUGGACCUCUCAUUCAACAAUCUGACAGGGCCGGUACCAGACUCUUCGACUUUGCUCAACCAGAAGACAGAGUUUCUAUCAGGAAAUGCUGAUCUUUGUGGUAAGCCUCUGAAGAUUAUGUGCACCGUUCCCUCUACUGAGUCCACAGCUCCGCCCAACGUCACCACCUCUUCACCAGCCAUUGCUGCCAUACCGAAAAUUGACUCAAACCCUUCAACAAACACAACAGGAACCCCCACCAGUUCUCAGAAUGUAUCACCAAGUGGCCUAAAACCUGCCACCAUAGCAGCAAUUGUGGUGGGAGACUUGCUUGGCAUGGCCCUUUUGGCCCUAGUCAUUCUCUUCGUCUACCAACAGAGAAAGAAAAGAUAUUCGGAUCCAAAUCCAAAUUCAAAACGAGACACUAAUGCUGCUUCUGGUAACAACUCAGAAAAGAAAUACGAAACUGUUUCACGACAAGAUGCAGAUGCAAAAACAGUAACUCCUUCACUUCCUUGUUCCUGCUUAACAAUCAAAGAAGAAGAAACCUCAGAGGCAACUAGCUCCGACAGUGACCGCGAGAGCAACACCGCAGUGGACAUCAUGGCAGCACAAAACGGGAACCUUCCGAAACAAGGCACUCUUGUAACCGUUGACGGGGAAACAGAUUUGGAGCUUGAGACUCUGCUUAAGGCUUCAGCGUAUAUUCUGGGAAACAGCCGCGUCAGCAUUGUCUACAAGGCAGUGCUAGAGGAUGGGAGAGCCUUUGCCGUUAGAAGGAUCGGUGAGUGUGGGAUUGAGAGAAGGAAGGACUUUGAGAACCAAGUACGUGCCAUUGCAAAGCUUCGCCAUCCCAAUUUGGUUAAGGUUCGCGGCUUCUGCUGGGGUCGAGAUGAUAAACUCCUGAUAUGUGACUACGUCCCCAAUGGCAGCCUCGCCACCAUUGAUCACAGAAAAUCAGGUUCGUCCCCUCUGAACUUGUCCCUGGAGAUACGGUUGAAGAUAGCAAAAGGGGUGGCACGAGGGUUGGUCUUCCUUCACGAGAAGAAGCACGUGCAUGGCAAUGUUAGACCUGGCAACAUCCUGCUAAACUCGGAAAUGGAAGCCAUCAUAAGCGAUUUUGGGCUGGACCGGCUCCUCCUGAACGAUGUGACCCACAGAGCAAACGGUUCGGCUAGACAACUAAUGGCGAGCCAAAGAAGCCAGCAAGACCUGCCAUGUGGUUCAAGUCCCUUCGCAGCAAUGGGAUCAUCGUCGAGUGGUGCGGGCCACAUAAUGCCCUAUCAAGCCCCAGAGUCACUUGAGAACAUCAAACCCAGUCACAAAUGGGACGUGUACUCUUUUGGAAUGGUGUUGCUGGAGCUUCUAACCGGGAGGGUUUUCCUGGAGCGGGAGUUGGAGCAGUGGAACGAACCGGGUUUGGUGGAGGAGGAGCAGAACCGGGUUUUGAGAAUGGCUGACGUAGCAAUAAAAUCUGAAAUAGAAGGGAGGGAGAAUGUGGUAGUGGCAUGGUUCAAGUUGGGGCUUAGCUGUGUCUCUCAUGCCCCGCAAAAGAGACCCUCCAUGAAAGAGACUCUACAAAUCUUAGACAAGAUCCAUGCUGCUGCUCCACUCAAUUAAUUCUUCUUCAUAAUGAUGUCACCGAUGUGUUCCACACACACCCUGUUUUUAGAUCAAGGUGUUUGUUCAUCCUUUUCCGUCUUUUGUUGACUUGAAUUAGCAUCAACACAGGAAAAUAUUAGAGACAAGUGUUUGUUUAUGCAA